AUGAUUAAUGGUUUCUAUGUGUGGGUGGGGUUUAUUGCCUUACUUUAUGCCGGCACUAUUUUCAUUUUAAACAAGAUACCUAAUGUAUCCGUAAAAUCUCUAGGAUGGAUGGGGAUUAAGCAUAUAGAUAUACAUAUUGGUGAUGUGGAUGUCAAAAUAAGGCGUAUCAAUAUUUGGUUCAGCUUUUUCCGUGGUCAAAAUUCGCUGCAAAAGCUAAUAAAUAUCGAAUUUCAUGACAUUGAACUUAAGUUUGAUACCUCUAAGGCCCAAGAGAAAACCCGACAUCACGAUUCAAAUCUUGAUUUGGACGAAAUUUUAAAAAUUUCUGCACCAGCUAGGGUCUUGGGGAUUCUACAAAGUGGAAUUUUGAACCAAAUAAGGGUAUAUCUUUACAGGUGCUCCGUUUUGCAUGAAACUGUAGAUGAGAAAACAAUAAUAUUUACUGACUAUUCAAGAAUUGAAAGCACUUUAAGUUUAGAAAAUGGGAUAGAACUUAUAGUGAACCUUAUGCAUGGUCACUUACGAACCAUUGCCUCGAGUGAGAAAAAUGAUGGCGUCGAAAUCUUUAAGGGGAUUGAGAUCAGAAUCGCUUGCGAUGUGAAUCUGCUGUGUAAACAAGGGAAUACCAAACAAGUUUUUUUUGAGCUCUCAGAGUUUAAGCUAAAUCUAUCCUUUGGAAGAUGCCACAUACCUUUAGAUCACUUUAAGAACUGGAAUAGAAAGAACCCAGUAUCGAAGCAGCCUUCAGAACCAAACCCUGAUAUUAUUAAACCUUUAUUGGGGAGAUUCAAGUCUAUUGAAGCUAGCUUUGAAGACUUUUCUUCUCAGAAAGAUGACAUAGACUUUAAGAUAUCUAAUUUUGUUGCUUCUGUCAGUAAAGAUGGCCAUAAUUCUCAAAGCUUAAUUAAGUUACAUACGUACUUAACUUCAGCCAGAUUAUACUACAAGGACUCGAAAUGCUUUGACUUAGGUACUGGUUCAUUUACCGUCAACACUAAUAUACUUAAAAUAAUCGAUAUCUUGUUAGGAGAUGAUCGGGAUGGAAAUAAAGCAUGUUUGAUCUCAGAAGCUUCUUUGGUACUAACUAAUCCAACCUUCGAUUUUUAUUAUGAUCAGCUCGAUUUAUAUUUGAGGCUCAGUCGACAAAGAAAGGAUCACGUACAGUCUAGUCAGCAAUAUAAUGAAAAGAACUUAUUAUAUUUAUGGAGCAAGAUAAGAGAACUUGGUGUGAGAAUUGUCAUCUUAGAUACUAAAUUUAAUAUCCAUUUGCCAAAAGACCUUGAUGCGAGUCACCUUGAAUUUAACCGUGAGUCACUGCAAAAUUAUGUUCUUACUUUGGAUAUCCAAGCUGUUAUUCAUAGGUUUUAUACUAAGAACCUCGAGUCAUUACUUCUAGAUCAAAAUUCAACUAAAAAGCCUUCCUUGAACUUUUUAUUUAAGGUUAAGAAUUUUAAAUUUAACGCUGCUGGAAAUUUGGUCAGUUUGGUGAAGAUAAAUUUUCUAGGUACUUUCUACCUUCUAGAGCGAAAAUUUACAGUGAAAACCAUAAGUAAGAAAAUCGAAAUGAAAUCAGUCAAUUUAGCUAUAUUUCAUAUUGUCAGGGAAUUUAGGAAUCGGGUAAUCGCCUAUGAUAAUAAAAGAUAUCUAAUGUUCACUCAGAGGCGAGAUAAGAGUGAGAAAAAGGUUGAAGAUGAAAAUGCUCCGAUUUCUCGUUUAGAGUUUUCAGAGUUUGUGCCAUCCAUUUUAUCAUCGAUUGAGUUGCGAUUAUCUGAAAUCCAAAUUGACAUCAUUUGCAAGGAAGGUUUGCCCAGUCAUACCAUAUACGAUCAAUCGCUUAAAGAAGAUAUUGACUUGGGUGACUAUAAACGAGGAAUUUCAAUGAAAGCAUCAGACUUUUAUCUUCAUUACAAAGAAUCAAAAGAAGAUUUAUCGAUGCUGCUCAAAUCAGUCCAAUGCUAUACAGUCAGUGGAUAUGCAACUGAGUUUGUUACUGACUUCAACAAAUUUGCCUUUUAUGAAAGCCCUUCUAAUACUUCCAGUGGAUCCAGCUUGCGAUCAAGCUUUUCAGAUGAGUCUGAUUAUUGUCCGAAUCCAAAAUGGUCUGAAUCUAGUGAUCUAAAUAAAAUCAAGAAAGUUUUGAGCAUUCGAGAUAUAAAGCUAACUAACUCUCAAAAAGAAAAGAAUAAAUUGGUGCUUGACAUUCCAGAAAUUGACGGCCGUAUAGAUAUGUUCUUAUUCUGGUGUGCUAUAUAUGCCAAGACAUUAGUUGAUUUUUUUGCACCUACAGUAGAGCGAGAAUGCUCAAAGCAAGAAAUUUCGAAUAUAAGUGGAAAAAGGAAGGUUUUAAAGCUUGAUAUCAAGGUUACUUCAAUUGCUGCUGUUAUUAGACUUCCAACAAAUGUUGAUGUUCUCUUUGAAGUCGAUACCUUGAGAGCGUCUGAUAUUUUGGUAUCUACUCGAGCAGAUGUGAAGUAUACGAGGCUUUAUGUCAUUCAUCCAAGUACGAGGUUGUGGACCAGACUAUUCUCCAUUGGUGAUAUGGACUUAGAAUACCGUCCUCAAAAUGAUCCCGAAUUUGAAAUCAAAUCAGAUGGAGUAAGAAUUAACAUCCCUCAUCAAUUUUUAUUCUAUACAGUGAUUGACAAUAUAAUCACACUUGUAAAAUCAAUAAGGCAAAUCAAGCAUAAUUUUCGAAAUCUAUCUUUGGGUAUUGCAAACUAUGAAAGAAUUUUACCACAGGCUAAACCGGCAAUUUUGUUUCCAAAAAUAAACAUAAAAAGCAGAGCAUUUGGAAUUACUUUAGAAAAUGAUCCAUUUGAGAAUGAGCUCGCAUUAAUAUACCAAUUGGGUUUACUAGAGCAGAGAGAAAGACUAAAAAAAUGGAAGUUGUUUGAGGAAAAGGCAAAUGAAAUAAGAGAUGCUGCUGAACCCUCUAUCGAGCAAGAAAUCCAACUCUCAAAUACUUCUCAAAGACAUUCAAAACCAGGAACAUCAACAAGUUCGAGGGUUGCAAGUCCUUUGAGACAUACAUUUUCGGAAGUCAUUCAUGGAGUAAAAAAUAACUCAUCAAAAGAUAAAAUAAUACCAGAAGCUGCCAGCCAGUCUUAUCUCAAUGAAAAAAAGAAGCAUUCUUAUGAAGAGGCAGAGGAAAAAAUAAGAGCCGCAAAAGAGCUGUUGGAAAUAAAUAUAGGAUUGUCCUGGAUUCUGAGAUUCAAAAGAUGCAGUGAGACCAAAAAUCAGGUUUGGAAAGAACGCAUUAAUAAAGUUUGGGGAGAAGAAAGUAUUAAUCCGAUGAUAACUGAUAAAUUUGAUAUUCUUGAGUAUGCUCAAGGGCCAUUGAUGAUGGGAGUUAUCUUUGAUUGUCUUGACUUGACAUUAGAUAAGGCUAAAAUAGAUAAUGUCGAUCGGUUUCUUUAUGAUCAUGGUAAAAAGCAGCCUAAAUUGGAAUAUACUAUAUUGAUUCCACUUUACAUAAAUUUAAGGGCUGUCUCUCUUAACAUUUUUUUAAGAGAUUAUCCACUUCCUUUGGCUUCAUUUCCGAGCAAUAAAGAAACGGAUGCAACCACAUUUAAUCUUCUGGGAAAUGUAGUCAUUAAUGAAAAAUUAGUGACUAGAAAAGAAGAAAUGAGAUAUAUUUUUGUCCCAUUUUCUCCAGUAGCUCCUUCAGAGGAUCUCGAGGAUAACUUCUAUUCUGUCUAUGUUCCUAGGACCUUGACUCCUGUGAAAUUUAUGUUUGAUUUAGCGUGUAACAUUAAAUCUGAUAGGGCAUGCGUUCUUACGUGGUGUAAGUCUUAUCAGGCGGGAAUUUCAGCUGCUGCAAUGGCAUUUGAAAAUUUCACAAAACCUGCAGUUGACGACAGUCCUCUUGGUUGGUGGGAUAAGGUAGCCUUACUUCUACAUGGCAAGCUCACGUUCAAUAUCGAAAAUGAGCUUUGUCUUCAUAUAAAAGGCUCAACUAACCCUUACGACCUAGUAGGUCAAUAUGCGGGUCUUGUAUUCUGCUGGAAGAACAAUGUCAGCCUAAAAUUUAAUCAUAAUGGAGAUCAGACCCAAUUAAUUGUAUUAGAAAGCUAUUCAUUCUUACUAGCCGUCCCGAAUUAUGCGUCGCAGGAUAAAUCGCCAUGGGGAGUUCAUUUUGGAGAUUUUGGAGAUGUAGCCUCAAUAGACGAGUCAAAGAAGUUUUUAAAGAAGUUAAUGGUGUUAUCCUCUUCUGACAAAGUUGUGUGGAACUUAGGUCUCCUAUUUGAAAGAAAUAAAUCCGACUCUAAAGUUUUUUCUGACGACCAGGAAAGAACCACUAGCUUCAGGCCGCAUUAUGACGUAUUCGUGACUAAUCCAAGGUUUGAUUGGCAUCCCGAUUCAUACGCUAAAUAUAGAUCGGACUAUUUGCAUUUAGCCAUAUCAGUGGUAUCAAAGUCGUCAACAGGCAAUUGCUACAAUGCUGCCUAUCUAACUCCGUUAACUUUUCAUUAUUUUUUCCACUGGUGGAAUUUGUUAACGCAUACCAGAUCUUUGCCAAUUAAGGCAGGCCCAUUGUUCAAGAAUCAACCUGGAGAUAAUAUCCACAUUAAAAUGGGUAGCCAUUUAUUCACCAUAAAAUAUCAACUAAUAUUCGAACCUCUUAUGAUAUCCCACAUGUAUAUGCAUUCUAACAGUGAUUUCCUGGAGAAUGAUUAUCGAGUGGCAUUUACUGGUCUCAAAGGAAAAUUCGGUAAGUGCAAAAUUGAUUUGCAUCAAAGGAAGGAAUGGCUUACGUAUGUGAAUGAAAAGUUGAACAUUUCUAAUAAAAUCUUACAUUUGAAAAUGAAUGAGGGCGAGGUUGAUGUUGAUGAGGCAGACAUUAGAUUAUUACAUGCUAUUUUCAAUGACCAAUCAAUAAAAGGUCGUUUGGUUUCUCGCUUCUUCGGAAAUAUAAUCCAUCCUCUGGCUCCUAUAGUCGAAGAGAGGAAAAAAUGGCCCUCCAAUUUUACAGAUUGGGUAGAUAGCAUUGAUGUCUUCGACAAAGAUUAUUCUUGGGUUGAUCCUGAAGAUUUUAUUGAACUUGAGGUACGAGAGCCGCUUUCUCCAAAUCCCGAACUUAAAGUUUUACCUUUCUUUUACUCUCCAAAAUUUACUUACUUUAGGGACUUUUCGCUUCAAAAGGACGGUAAAUUUCCCUUCGGAAAUGAGCCAUCGCAUCACUGUGUAAUGCGGCAAGAAAAGCCAGAGCAAACUCAAGGUAUAUUACUUGAAGAGAGAAUGAAUGCACUAAGACGUGAAAUGGCGGCAAAAGAAGAAGAAUUAGAUUCUUCUUCAAAAAAGAAACCUCACGAAGUUUACGACAUUAAAAAGGACAUCAAGGUGUGCAAGAAAAAGCUUGAGUUAGUCGAAUCAAUUGCAGAUAGUUUUUUAAGCAACGAUGCUGGUACCGAGCCUUCAGUCAUUGACCUUGAAAAAUCUAUCUCGAGAAGCCUAUCGGUAUAUUCAGGCCACCAGUCGACGGCCGGCUCUAUCGAGGUGUCAUUGGAUAACACAAUGGUGAAAAAAUAUCAUAAUAGAUUCAUUCUUCAUAAUCUUCAGAUAAAGUGGGAUAAUGAAUUAAGAGACAUGUUUACUGUUUAUACGCAAAGAGUAAAUGACAGAAAAUCUUUUGUGUAUUUCAUGUCAAGAAAAGCUGUCACUCUAGUUAAAAGUGUCGUCAAUGAAGUUUUUGACGGUGAAGAAUUCUCAGACUUCAAGGAAUCAAUCUUCGACAAAAAUCACCAAAAAGCGCAGGAAACUAUUGAUUUUAUCAAUAAAAACUUACAUGAUGUGGAUGAGGACGACCUUGAGGCAGAGAAUAAAUAUUUAGUAAAAUUAAUUCAUCCACAAGUUCAAUUGGUUAGUGCUAGAGACCCAGCGUCCUGCUGUUUAGUUACUACGAGAGAUUUUGAGAUGAGAAUUGUUCAUAUUAAUGUUCAGGGAACAGAUGAAUUGAUCAACAGUAGCUCAGAGAUGUCAGGCUUAGUGGAAACAAGAUACAGUGUUCUUUUAAAUGAUUCUCAUGUCUUUGUUUUCAAAAAGGAUGAGGGAACUAUUUCAGAUCCCAAUAUUCACUAUGGUACUGGUCACUUAGAAUCGGAGGUUAACUGGCCACCUUGGCUCGAAUGCGAAGCUUUUUAUGACAGUACUUGGUACCAGGAUCAAUUAGUCGUAGAAAGGAAUACAAUGGCAAUUGUAUUUAAGAAGCCAAAUGAAUUGUUUGCUGACAAGGGCUCAACUCAGCAAGGAAAUGAGAUUUUAGCUCAACUUUCAAAGGUUGUGAUAAAUGCGGACUCAGCCCAAUAUUCUACAUUGUAUUGGGUCUUCCCUGACUUGAUUCUCCACGGGACGACUUAUAGGGAUGAGCUAAUUAAUAGGCUAAAUAAGAUUAUCUCACUUUCUGAUAAACAUGACUUCGAUGGAUUGAACCUGAAAAUUGAAAACUUACAAACCCUUAUUAGGGAUUGCAAGGGCAUACUUUUAAGAUUUGAUGAGAGAGGUGUUACGUUGACCGAACAAGAAAAAGUCACAACUAGAGAUUUAGAAGUUGAUAUAGAAAAAAUGCAAUUAGAAUUAGCAGUAAUAAUGGGGGGUGGACUUAACUUACGCAGUUCUAAAUCUAAGGUAAUCAAGAAUUCAAGGUUGUUGAAUAUCUUUGCAGACCAAAUUGUUUGGCAUCUUUUGGAUUCCGAGAGAAAACCAUUUGUUGACUUUGCAUUAGCGAAUCCAUCUGUUACCCGAGUAGACUUAUUUGAUGGAUCAAACUUAAAUCAAGUUGAGAUACCAAUGCUUCAAGCUUUUAAUCUUCAGGAGAACGCAAUAUAUCCUGAAAUAUUGAAGCCAUAUAUUCCUGGAAAGAAAGAACAUGAAACACGGCCUCUGAUAACAGAUAAGCCUAUCAUUGAAAUGAAAUGGAAAAUGCUCCCUCCUGUUGGUGGGAUAUCAAUUAUUCAGGAAGCAAAGAUAUCAGUUCAGCCUCUCAAAGUGGAAUCAGAUUAUUUAACUACGAAAAAGCUUUUUAACUACGUCUUUCCUCAUGAAGAUUCGCUGGUCAGCGAAGCAGAAAAUAGCAGUGACGAUGUUGCUAAUGACGAAGUCUCAAUGAAUGGAGGCUCUGAUUCGGAUUCUGGUCCAGUGACUGGCUUGAGGAAUGUGAUUCACAACUUUCGUAGUCGUCAUAAAGCUUUCAGGCUGGAAAGUAGCAGCGAAAGUGCUGAUUAUGAUCAUGGAACUGUAUUCUCACAUCCCUCAUCAAAUACCACUGUCUCUUCUGAUGAUGAGUCUGUCAUUUCAAACAAAGGCCACAAGAAUAAACGAAACAAACGAAAGUUGCAAGAUGAUGAAAAUAAAGACGACUUUUCGCUCAUAGUCCAUAGAUCAUCAAGGUACUUUUCUAUCAUUGAUGUUGAAUUUGAUAGACUCAACAUGAUUGUGUGCUUCGACGCCCCAAAGAGUAUUAACUUCUUAAAUGUCCGUAAUCUUAAUUUGAAUAUCCCUGAAUUAAGGUUUAAAAAUAGGGUCUGGUCUGGUGAGGAGUUUAUUUUGCGAUUGAAGAAAGAAUUGAUCAAAAUAAUCAUUAGUCAUAGCGGGAAGAUCCUUGGUAGUAUCUUCAAACAAGGCAAAAGAAACAUUUCAGUAGAGCCUCUUAAUCAGAUCGCAGAUUAUUCUGACUACAUGUCGAUCGAUGAUUUACAGAAGUACGGAAGACCAAGACUCUCGGCUACGAGCCAGCAGUCCACUGCAAAGCAUCCACAUGUUCACAAUGCCCAUGAGCAUCACCAUCACUUAAGUCAAGCAAUUGACCAUCAUAACGGCCAAGUUCAAGACAGUCUUUAUAAUAAAAUUGACAUCGACGAUUUGUCGGAUAAUCAGGACCAAUCUGAAGAUUCCGAAGAGUCUUCAUAA